AAACUCCCAGAGAAACAAAAAUGUCUUUAAAUUGGAUACGAAUCUACACAAUUUUUUUAUUCAAAAAUUGCUCCAAGUUGCAAAACAUUGCAUAAAAACCAGAGUUUUGUACUGUUCCUGAAUUGGCUGCCGACUGGCUAGAAAUCUUCUCCCCAACAAAAUCCAAAACGAAGUCAUAGUCCAUUUACGGUCAUUCCCAAGUUAUUAGGUCAAUUCCCAAUUCAAAUUUUACAAAAUCAUCAUGAUUCGCUCUCUCUGAUCCCUCAAUUCCGUAAAAUUGGAGGGACAACGAACCAGAGGCACAAAUGGAGAGCAUCAUACCCACAUGGCAAGUGUCGUUUUUGUGUGGGGUUUUGACUUGGGUCGUUUUAUCUUCGAUGUUUAAUGUCACCCAGAAGAUUAGGUCUUCGGUACAGCCAUGGGUGUCUCGUCGUGUAAUCACCGGUGCUCCUACUAUUCUUCAGAUCCAGAAAUACCAGCAUGGUUUUUGGGAUGCUUUGUUCUCUGGGAUAUCUUGUGUUGUUUCUGUGCCUUUUUAUACUGGCUUUCUUCCCUUGCUAUUUUGGAGUGGUCAUGGAAAAUUGGCAAGACAAAUGACACUUUUAAUGGCGUUCUGUGAUUAUUCAGGGAAUUGUAUAAAGGAUAUGGUAUCUGCUCCAAGACCCAAAUCACCACCCAUAAGAAUUCUAACAGCCACUAAAGACGAAAAAGAGAAUGCAUUGGAAUACGGGUUUCCAUCUUCUCACACUCUCAACACAAUUUGCCUGUCUGGGUACCUCUUACACUAUAUCUUCUCAUACAAUGAGAAUAUAGAUGCAUACUAUCAAGUAGCAACCUUUAUGUUUGUUUGCUUGUUUGUAGGCCUAAUUGGCUUUGGAAGAAUAUAUCUUGGAAUGCAUAGUGUGAUCGACAUUAUUGGUGGCCUUGUUCUUGGAUUAAUAAUUCUUGCUUUUUGGCUUUGUGUUCAUGAAUACAUCGACAAUUUUGUAACUAUAGGACAAAACGUUACGUCCUUUUGGAUUGCACUUAGCUUCUUGUUACUCUUUGCCUACCCAACACCCGAGCAUCCAACUCCAAGUUUUGAGUAUCACACGGCCUUCACUGGAGUGGCAUUGGGAAUUGUAACCGGAGUCCAACAAACUUACAAUCAAUUCCAUCACGAAAACGUAUCGCGUUUAUUCACACCGGAAUUGACGAUUCCGGCCUUCGGUGGUAGAAUCGGAAUCGGCAUUCCGACGAUCUUGCUUGUUAAGUUUUGCAGCAAAGCUCUUGCGAAAUGGAUUCUACCGAUUACAGCAAGUGCCUUGGGAAUACCUGUAAGGUCAUCUGGGUAUGUUGUAGGUUUGACCGGUUCUUCAGUGGUCAAAAAGUCAAAUGAAGUCAAACCUUCAGGAGGGUAUCUACAGAAGAUGUUUUUUAGGAGGGAGGAUUCGUUUGAUGUUGAUACGGGUAUCCGAUUGGUGCAGUAUGCUGGUCUUGCUUGGUCUGUUGUUGAUCUUGUUCCUUCUUUGUUUUAUCAACUCAACUUGUGAUUGAUGUGAUUAUUGGUCAUUUCAUGUGUAUAAAAUGUGUUCUAGUGUAAUAUAAUCUACUUUGGUUUUUAUUUAUUUAUUGGGUAGAUGGUGUGUUGGGAAUAUUAUUGAUACUAUUACAAGUAUGUCAUGUAGUAGAGGUAUUUUUGCUCUGAAAUUGUCAAGUUUUCCGUUUGUAUGUAGG